CUCAGCCGCUUUGGCGCGAACCUUCAGUUCCCCGGUGCUAGCCCCGCUGCAGCCAGCAUGGGUCCGUCGCGCCCGCAGCGCCGAACUUGUUCAGGAAGGAGGAACUUCACAGCAUUCCGAAACACGAAACCGAUUCCCAUGGAAACAUCUUCAUCCUCUGAUGACAGUUGUGACAGUUUUGGUUCUGAUAAUUUUGCAAACACAAAACGCAAGCUUAGGUCAGAUACUAAAGAAGAACUGGCAAAAAUUUUUCGCGAAGCCUCUGAUAAUGAAUCCUUCUGUGGAUUUUCAGUGAAUGAGAUCCAAGAUUCAUUGAAACUGGAAUCAGAUUCAGAAGAGAAUGAAGCAGGUGCUGAAAGUGAGGCAGCCCUGAGAAGGCAGAAACGCUCUGUUCCUCUAAAAGUAGCCUUGAAGUUUCCACCUCGAAGGUCAGAGAGGAGGAAGGGUGAGAAGAUGGAACCUCUUCCUGAGAAGUUGAUGCCUGCUCCAGAUUCAGACUCUGACUCUGAAGAAAAGGGUGCUGUGUUUUUAGAAAAAAGAGCUUUAAACAUAAAGGAAAACAAAGCAAUGCUUGCAAAACUAAUGGCCGAGUUGAAAAAUGUUUCUGGCAUCUUUGAUGGAAGAAAAUCAUUGCCAACUGUCAGUCAUCAGGGACCAAAGCGACCUCCAAGGCGUUCAUUGCCCAGAAGUGCCUUGAGGAGGAACCCAGACCGAAGUUCUCGGCCUCACACAAGAUCCAGGUCCCUGAUUGAAGGUCCUCCUACUCCUUUACCAGAAGAGGAAGAUGAUGACCGGUACAUCUUAGUGAGAAGAAGAAAGAUGUCUGAUGAAGACCUAGAGCAUGAAGCCCGAACUCCCAGGAGGGGUCACCGUGGUGCCAUGGCUCUUCCACACAUCGUGCGCCCAGUUGAGGAGAUAACAGCAGAAGAGCUGAACAAUAUUUGUGGAUCCGCCAGAGAGAAAGUAUAUAACAGGGCUGUGGGAUCCACCUGUCAUCAGUGUCGCCAAAAAACCAUCGACACCAAGACCAACUGCCGCAACCCCGAGUGCGUGGGUGUGAGGGGCCAGUUCUGUGGGCCCUGCCUCCGCAACAGGUAUGGGGAGGACGUCAGAACUGCGCUGCUGGACCCGACCUGGAGGUGUCCACCAUGUCGUGGAAUCUGCAACUGUAGCUUCUGCAGGCAGCGUGAUGGACGGUGUGCUACUGGGGUCCUGGUCUAUCUGGCCAAGUACCAUGGCUAUGACAAUGUCCACGCCUACUUGAAAAGUCUGAAGCAAGAACUUGGAAUGGAAGACUGAAGCUGUGAUUGCCUUUAAAUUGCAUACUCUUUCACCAAUGUCAUAUUAUUGUGUAAUCAAAUGAGAUUACAAAGCCAGUGCCUACCUUCUCUCCUUUUUUGGGUAAAAAAGGACAAAUAGUUUUCACUUCACUCAGUGCAAGUCAAACUUGGGAAAACUGUGUUUAAUAGAGAUCUUUGCCCACAGGCCAUUGUUUUCUUUUUAAAUAGCCUUGCAAAUCAGAUAGCAUCAGUCCUUGCUUUUGUGCCGAUAACUUUUUUGCUGAAAGGAGAUGAGGCUUUAAGCCAUUAAAGUUUUAUUCAUGCACUGAUCUGUGCUGCAGGUUUGUUUAUGCUUUGAAGUUGAUCACAAAAAGAGAUAGAUGUUCGGAAAAUUCAGGGCAGUGUUCCCCAUAGAACCAAGCAGGGAGAGGUAUGUGCUUUUAACUUUUGGCCAACUUCUAUUGCAAUACAGACUUACACUGAACAUAAAUGAUCAAAUAGCAGCUACAGGUUCUCUGAAACAACCACACAUUCUGAAGUUCAAAAAGACAGCCCUGAAAGUUGCAGCUGAGCAGUUUUCCAAGCGCUAAUAUUUGGUUUUAUAACGUACUCAAAGUGCACAUUGGCCAUUUUAAGGGAGACUCUCCAAGUGACUGAAACUGGAGCAGAAGCUGUGCUCUUUAUGUUUGCACAGAUGAGAGGCUGCUGCUGAAGGCUUCCACAGCACCAGCACUACCUAGUGAUGCGAGUAUACUGGUAAACAGUGGGGAGUGACCACUGUCUGGUUACCAGAAUUCUCUUCUCCCCUCUCUUGCUGCAACUGCUUCUUUGGAGAAUCAGCACUGGUCCAGGGGAAGGGAGGCCUCCAGACCAGCUAAGCUCCAGUCCAGCUUCAAGCAAGUUACUCUUCCAGUUGCAUAAAUGUAAAUAGAUGUUCAUAAUAGAUACCCUGAAUAUAGUAAUAGAUGAGGAAGAAAAAUUGUCUCAUCAAAAAGGCUUUUAAAAAGAAGUGAAAAGGGAGAUGUAAUGAGUUAUGUGUGGUUUGUGAGCACAUUACAAAUGUGGUUCGUGUUGUAGUCUCCUCCUUAGCAGUCCAGCCUCAUUUUUCUAUCUGACUCCAUGAUUGUAGAAGAGUAUUGCACAUGGUGGUAUUAAUGAAGCAUGAGUACAGCAAACAGAGCUGAAGAAUUCUAACAUGGUGUGUGGAUGGGUCUGAUGUACUCAGUGCUGUAGAAAAGUAGGUGCCAUGAAAACUGCCUCUGGAGAACCACUGUGUAUAAGUGUGCUUGGCUUGGUUAUGGAAACUGCUGUUUGAGCUUUGUGUAAGGUUUAGAAUGCAGUGUUAUAAAUACUGCACAGUUGAAUAGCAUAAGAGCCCAUUUGCUUUGACUGAGCACUAGAACAAAACAUGGGUUAGGCUUUGCUGCUUGCACAGUACCUGCACUGUGUAUAUACAUAAUGUUCCACAGUUCAUACCUUUCUGGGAAUUACAUCUGUGGAUGAGAGGAGAAGAGAGGAAUUUAGAAACAAAAGAUGUUUAUGUCUCAGACCUGCAGUUCUGUUUCAUAAAUCAUCUGUCCUAUUGAAAAUCUCUGGUCCUCUGUCUGUUUUUAUGUUGUGAAUAACUGCCAUCUGAGGUGAAGACUGCUCUACUCUCUAGAUACAUUCCAUGAAGAAGGAGCUCUAGAAAUACAUCUUCUGACAGAUGAGUGGUUUGGUUUGGGGUUUUAUUCUUUCCCCUCUCCUAAUUGCUCGGCCUGCCCUUCUGAUUGCUAGAGUGUGAAAAUAUUGUGCUAAAAGCAAACCCUUGCAUGAUCUCGUGGAGAAUGCUGUAUUUUAGAUUUACUCAGAUCUACAAUAUUCUGUACAAAGACUUUUAUUUUGAAAAUAAAAAUGUUCCAAGUUUGAA